GCGUCCCAUUGGCGGCAGCAUGAGCAAGGGGGGGAGUGCCAUCGCUUUUCACUGCAGCUGCAGGGAGCACCGGCUGUCAUGGCCCUGCCCUUCCCCUUCCUGCACCUCUCCAUCAUCCAGGUGGAGCAAGGCCGUCACACAGUGUGCUCCGUCCUCACCUCCCUCCACCUGCAUGCCCGCGGUCCCUACGCUGCCCUCUGCGGUCCGUAAGGCGCCCACUCUUCCGCUUGCUCUUCCCAAUCUCCCUCCCACCCUCUCCUUCCCACUCUCCCACCCUUCAUUCCCUCCCUCUCCUACUCUCUCCUUCUCCACCUGUCUCCCAUUGUUCUCAUCACACCGCAGUUUUUCGUUCCUUCUUUCUCCCUCGCCUUUCCAGUGGGUUGUGAAACGGACCAUCGCUACUUUCCUGGAGGGGCCUUCCCCUCCACUCGCCCGCUGCACUGCUGCUGCACACGGUAUGGGCUCGCUCACCAUCCUCCUCUCCCUCCACCUGCUCCUCCCUGCCACCACUCAAUGCCCGGGCCACACGCCUUCAGAAGCUGACGCACCCUCAGGGGCUGACACGGCUUCACGCAUUGCAGUUGAAAGGGAGCAGAGAGGGGGAGCGGAUGAGAGCGCAGGUGCAGAGGGGCAGCAGCAGUGCAGGCGGUGUGGUCUGACCUCUCGCCCCUCUCUCUGCAUCCACGUGAUUGGUGCGCAUCCAUGGCUCACCACGCACUCCCUCUCACCAAGCACUGCACCUGCAAGGGUGGGCAGGGAGGCUCUAGAGGGUGCCUGGCAUGCCUCUCACCACACGCUCUAUCUACCUCUCACCACACACUCCCUGUACCUCUCACCACGCACUGCACCUGCAGGGGCGGACAGGGAGGCUCAAGAGGCAGCCGCACUGGCAGAGCUGAGAGAGCUGCUGCCUGGAGUGGACACGUGUCUGCACCUCAUUGGCCCCAACAUAACCGAACGCAUGUGA